CCCAUGCAGAACAGUUGUUGCAACAAUAUGAAUUGAACUUCCUUAUAAUUUAGUACAUGUGUUUCCUCGUGCAAAUGCUCUUAAGCUAAAUCUGCAAAGCGAACAUUUACAGAAAGAAAGAAGAGUUUAAGAUGGGAUACAUGACAGUAGAGGAGCACAGCUCCACCCUGCUCCACCUGAAGAGAUCUCCGGGCAUUCGUUCUUGGUCUCUUCUUGUCGGCAUAGCAUCUGUUGGGCUGGCAGCUGCAUACUACAGCUCAGACAGCAUCUUGUGGAAGCUUUUCUACGUGACAGGCUGUCUGUUUGUCGCCAUGCAGAACAUGGAUGAAUGGGAGGAGGCUGUGUUUGACAAAACCAACAACUUGAUUGAGCUCAAGACGUUUAGCUUGUAUGCUUUGGUCCUGACGUUAUGGAAGAAGGGGCAAGAGAAAGUUGUGUUGGAUCUGACACAGCUGUGUGACAUCUGCGUCCAGGAAGAGAAGGUCCGGUAUUUGGGGAGAGGCUACUUGCUGAUGCUGCGGCUGGCUGCAGGCUUCUCCUACCCCCUGACUCAGAGUGCUACACUGGGAGGACGCAGUGAUGUGGAGGCCGUGGCUGCAUUGCUGAAGCGCUUCCUGGGGCUGGAGGAGCUGCAGCGACGCAGGCAGCGGGAGGAAGAGGCAGAAUAUGGAGGAGACGAGGAAGAGGAAGAAGAUUCUUUGGACAACAGCAGUGAUUCAGAAAAUGAAGCAGACAAACUCUGAUCUCUCUGUGACUUGUAACCCUGCUGUUACUUUUGGUGGAUUAAUUAAGGGGCAUUAUGGCAUUGCUACGGCAUUACAGUGGGUGCAGCUUCAGUGAUGCCCUCGCUACAUGUUAUAGUGUCAGCAUGUGCAUGAAACACCAGGGAUAUACAGUAGCCUCUUUCAGUUUCUCCUCACAGACUUCCUUGUAUUUUUUGGAUAUGUCAGGUGGGGUUAUGGCAGCCUUGGGAAACUAAGUAAAAUAUUUUUUAUUUUAAUUUUCAUGUGAACUGGGAUUGAAAAGUCAAUCGGUUAAAUGUUUCGUAGCCUAAUCAAAGUUUUCUAAAACAGUUCCAGGGAAUAUGACGAUAAGAGUCUUUCAUCUCUCUGUAAAUGAUUAUCAUGACCUUUUGAUCUAAUUACUAUUUGGGAAUACACUCCAGAUUACAGAUUUACUGUGCCUUCCUACUGAACUCUAAUAAGUGUUUGUGUUUAAGUCAAUGGAAAGUGCUUUUCCCACAGUUUUCAGGGCCACCCAGUUGAUAAUCACCUUUUGCAUGUUUAUUCAUACUCAGUCUGCAAUCUGGAGGAACGCAUCUGCAAACUGUAAUCAGGCAUGAGUGAUUUUCACGGCUCAAUAAGAGUUAAUUAUAUGUGAAAUGCUUCGGCUUCUUCUUGUUCUGUCUUUUAACAUUUGUAUUUUUGUGUGAACCAAAGACUGAAUCUCAGGCAAACACUUUGGUCCUCUGGACACACUGGGUUUUUUUUUUUUUUUGUUUUGUUUUGCUUUUUCUGAAAAGUGAAUGAAAUCAUGGUGGUUAACUGGCUGAUGGUGACUGUGUUGAGCUUUGCUUGAAAGAAAAUGAGAAGAUUUCUUUGUUGGUUGAUUUUAUUGUCUUUGUUUACUUUGAUACAUUUGGAGGAAUUAUAUAAAAUUAUUUUCUAUGUAAA